AUGCUGGAGCGCACGGCGGGAUGUCUAGAAUCAGGCAGUUUGCGUUGCCUGCUACCAACAUCCAGGAAGUCUUUGAAGAGUCGCAGAACACUGCACUCCGGCUUUUGGAACCACGCAGCAGGAGAUCUUGAGCUUUCGUCCCCAUUAUGGGCCGCCUUGGUUCGAAGCGCCGAUUCCGUUGCUCAGGAAGCAGAGACCGCUGAACAGAAAAUCUUGACUGGCAAUGGGGGCAUGUUCUUGGACUUCUUGUACCCCGUUGGGACAAUGAACCUUUUCAAGCAUUACUCAGGCUGGGGUGUUGAUAGACAGGAUUCGCGGUGGGCCAGCAAUGGACUCGCAAAGCUCGGUCAAAGAUUAUACACGUCCUCCGCUACAGAUCCUCCAUUACCGGACCACGGUGCAUAUUCUACUGGUCAAGAAGGAGAAACGUCGGAGAAUUCCGAAACUGAUAUACUUCGUGGCAAGAUGGGACUUACAAGAGCCACUGAUUAUGAAGAAGCGUGGCGACAGUAUCUUCUACUGGGCGAGGCCGAUCGAAUACGGGUCCGAAAGCAACUGAUACAGUACUACUCUACAUCGGACCGAGUACUCGACGCGGAAAGGACCAUUGAUCUGUUUGAAGGUAUGGGAGCCGAGGAGAGAGACGCCCCGACUUAUCAAAAGACGAUACGGUCCUAUUUGAGACUCCGCAAUUUGCAUGACGCUACUCUGAUGUAUAGAACCAGUCUUGAAAUCCUCAAGGUACCAGCUGGUGCCGAUGAGCUUCUGGCCCACCUGUUCAAUCUUUCAUCGUGGUCCGAAGCUUGUGAUAUAUGGUCGGACGUUCAACAGCCCAGCCAGGAACAGCCGCAAUUCAAUUACGAUAUAUACACACUCGUUGAGAAGCUGCCAAACUUUAGAGAACUCUUAAUUCCACGGAAAGGUGGGAGAAAAUCUGGCAUGCGUCCUCUAUUCGAUUUCGCUCAAACGAUGAUUCGGAUGGCCUUAUUCAGAGAGGAAUCAUUUAAAUCGACUGAGUUUUCAGAACUUCUAGACCAUUUGAUUAGUUUGCGCUGUAUGACUUCGGAUGAUUUUCAGCGGAUUUACAAAAUGCUGAUUUCCCUGGAUGAAAGGAAGCUACUCAUUCAAUGCUACGAGAAAGUGCGAAGAGAAACAAGAAUUGAGUUCCGCCAUUACGCACUUAAUGGGAUAUUGAAGAUUUUCUGUCGUUCUCAUAAUAUUCAAGGGAUGAAUUGGGUUCUGGAUGACUUUGUUCGCUGCCAUGGGAGACCGUCAGAAAUGACGUACAGGAUAUGUCUAACAGAGUUUGCUGCCCAGGGCGAUGCAACUACUGUUCAUACACUCUUCGAUCAGUAUAUGGCAUACUAUGUCUCGAAGGCUCAUCCGCUACUCGACUCGGAUCGCUUGUCUCCUAUCCUCCAGGUACAUGCGAAGCGUGGUGAGAUUGAUAAAGUCAUCAAAGCUUUCAACGAGAUUUCAGACACCUAUGGGCUGAAGCCGACCAUCCUCUCGUGGAAUAUCCUUAUCAGUGCCCAUUGCAAGGUGCAGAAUAUCGAUGAAGCAUUCACUUGCUUACAGUUGAUUCUCGAAUCCCCUGAUAUCGACCCAGAUGACUAUACUAUUGGAACCCUGAUGGGAAUUUGUGUAAACCGCGGAGAUCUUGAAAGUGCUGUUGAGCUCUACCGGUAUGCCGAAGAUCUUCAAAUUAAGAAGAGUGCUGCUAUGGUCGAUUGUCUCGUGCUUGCACAUGUCCAAGAUGACCGUUUCCAAGAAGCCGAAGAAAUCUGUGUGGAAGCUGCUGGCAUGGACCUUGAAGGGAGCCGGACACGGAUGUGGAACUAUCUCAUUGUUGGAUGCGCUCUCAACCGCGACCUGCCAAAUGGGAACCGAAUACUCCAACGCAUGUCUUCGUUUGGCAUUGAACCGGAUGAAUUUACAUAUACAGCAUUAAUGCAAGCACUUUGCAUGGUACGGCAACCGAAUCAAUGCCUCCGGAUCCUACGAGAAGUUCUACCAGCUGCAGGAUAUAAGGUGAACGCGUUCCACUUUGCAGUCAUCAUGGGUGGCUAUGUUGCAACUAAACAGUACUGGAAGGUUUUCGAACUCAACAAGGAGUUGAGAGAGCAUAACAUACGACAAUCAGCCAGCACGAACGCCGUGAUGCUGAGAGCCCAAGUCUCAAGCGAUGCGGUGGUAUUUAAGCGAGGUACUGAAUUCCAGCAAUAUCAAUCCGCAGUAGCAAUGUUCUUGGAUUAUGUUGGAUCUAUGGAUCCUCGAGAUAUAUCAGAUCCUGCUAGGAAGCUCAUGAAGGGAAGCCCGCUCGAUAUUGCAUAUCCAACAUCAAUGUACAGCUAUAUAAUGUACGUCCUCGCACAAAGCAACGAUACUGAGUCGGCGAAAGAAUUAUUCGAAAGUUACAAGGCCGCCCUUCCAGAGAACCGACGGAAAACCCCUCCAAUAUCGAUUCUGUCGGCCUUGUUACUGGUGAAAUGGCGGGAGCGUGACAUGAACGGGGUCGAAGAGAGCUGGAACCUCGUGCUUGCAGCCGCCAAAGAGCAAGGGUCACCGCUGAGGCCUCCAGGGCCAUUUUGGAAACAUAAUGAUCCUACCAACGAUGUCUCAACAACACGACCUAAGAUAUUGUACGCACAUGAGAUAGAACUAGCACAGUGCCUAUCCUGGUACUUGGAAUCUCUAGCUUACCAGGGAUUGGCGGACAAAAUGAUCAUCACCGUCCAUGACUUCAUCAGAGACGGCUUCGUGCUCGACAUGCGAAACUGGAAUACCUACAUCCAGCUCCUUGCCCGGGAAGGGCGUCCAAAGUUAGCUUUCGAAGUCUGCGAGAAGUACCUUAUGCCUAAUUGGACAGGUUGGUCGAGGAUCCGGCGAUACCUGCCAGUACCGGACCGCCUCCCGAAGGAGAUUCGGGCCAAGAGGAAAAAUCCACGCCAUAUUCGGCCGAUCACAACCACGUUGCUUAUACUGGCGCGCAGUUACAUGGAUAUCGUGGCCGCGGCUGCAGAAUCGAAGGCUUACCGAUGGCAGCUUGAUGACCUAGAGCGCUUAUAUCCGAAGACAGUUGAUGCCAUCAAAACCAUGCAACGAUCCUAUAGCGAGCAAGAGGAACAGAUAUUGAAGCGCUUUUGA